AUGGGUUCCAAAAAGCAAUUCACAUAUUUGGCUAUAAUAGCCUUGAUAGUAUUAGUGGGGGCCAACUUAGUGUGUGAAGCCACCUCCCGCACUACAGUUGAAGAUGCAUCAAUGUACGAGAGGCAUCGACAAUGGAUGUCGCAAUUUGGACGAAUUUACAGUGACAACAAUGAGAGGCAAAAGCGUUUCAACAUUUUCAAACAAAACGUGGCGCUCAUUGACUCUUUCAACAACGCCAAUAACAAGCCUUACAAGCUUGCUGUGAAUCAGUUCGCAGAUCUAACAAAUGAAGAGUUCACUGCUUCUCGAAAUGGGUUCAAGGGCCAUAUGUGUUCCAACAAGGCUACUACUUUCAAAUACGAAAACGUCACCGCAUUGCCUUCUGUGGAUUGGAGAAAGAAAGGAGCUGUGACACCUAUCAAGGACCAAGGCCAAUGCGGAUGCUGUUGGGCGUUUUCAGCUGUGGCAGCCAUGGAAGGGGUUACUAAGCUAACAACAGGUACAUUGAUUUCCUUGUCUGAGCAAGAACUUGUCGACUGCGACACCAAAGGUGAGGAUCAAGGCUGCCAAGGUGGUUUAAUGGACGAUGCCUUCCGAUUCAUCCAAAAGAACAAAGGCCUAACAACCGAAUCCAACUACCCUUACAAGGGAGUUGAUGACACAUGCAAUGCCAACGAGGAAGCCAACCAUGCAGCUACCAUUAAAGGCUUCCAAGAUGUGCCCGCCAAUAGUGAAGAUGCACUGCAGAAGGCCAUUGUCAACCAACCGGUUUCGGUUGCAAUCGAUGCCGGGGGCUUCGAUUUCCAGUUCUACUCAAGUGGUGUAUUUACGGGACCCUGUGGCACGCAACUGGAUCACGGAGUGACCGCCGUUGGAUAUGGACAGGAUGACGAUGGGACUAAGUAUUGGUUGGUGAAGAACUCGUGGGGCAGUACCUGGGGUGAACAAGGGUACAUUAGGAUGGAAAGGGAUGUUGAUGCAAAGGAAGGUCUUUGUGGCAUAGCAAUGCAAGCAUCCUACCCCACUGCGUAAACAUAACUUACACUAUAAUCCUCCAUUC